AUGGACCUGGACAGGCUGGAGAGCUGGGAAGGGAAAAACCUCAUGAGGCUCAACAAGGGCAAGUGCAGGGUCCUGCACCUGGGGAGGGAGAACCCCAGGGACCAGUACAGGCUGGAGCAAACCUUGGGAACAGUUGAACUGACUGUUUCUGGUGCUAAACUGGGAAGCUGGGGCAGGGCAGGCACGGCCAGCAGGGUGGCCAAGCUGGUUCUGAACAAAACCAGUGUGGGGGACCAUAAAUUCAGCGCCCACCGCAUCGUGCUGGCAGCCUCCAUCCCCUACUUCCAUGCCAUGUUCACCAAUGACAUGAUGGAGUGCAAGCAGGAGGAGAUUGUCAUGCAGGGCAUGGAUCCCAGUGCUCUGGAGGCUCUGAUCAACUUUGCCUACAAUGGUCACCUGGCCAUAGACCAGCAGAACGUCCAGUCCCUGCUGAUGGGGGCGAGUUUCCUGCAGCUGCAGAACAUCAAGGAUGCUUGUUGCACCUUCCUAAGAGAGAGGCUGCACCCCAAGAACUGCCUGGGGGUGAGGCAGUUUGCAGAGACCAUGAUGUGUGCUGUGCUCUACGACGCUGCCAACAGCUUCAUCCACCAGCACUUCGUGGAGGUCUCCAUGUCUGAAGAGUUCCUGGCCCUGCCUUUUGAAGAUGUCCUGGAGCUGGUUUCUAGGGAUGAGCUCAACGUGAAGUCUGAGGAGCAGGUGUUUGAAGCUGCCUUGGCUUGGACACGGUACGACCGGGACCAGCGCGAGUCCUUCCUCCCCGAGCUCCUCUCCAAAAUCCGCCUCCCCCUCUGCAGGCCCCAGUUCCUCACUGACCGUGUCCAGCAGGACGACCUGGUCCGGUGCUGCCACAAAUGCAGGGAUCUGGUGGAUGAGGCAAAAGAUUAUCACCUGAUGCCCGAGCGCCGCCCGCACCUCCCGGCCUUCAAGACGCGCCCGCGGUGCUGCACGUCCAUCGCGGGGCUGAUCUACGCCGUGGGGGGGCUGAACUCUGCAGGUGACUCCCUGAACGUGGUGGAGGUGUUUGACCCCAUUGCCAACCGUUGGGAGAAGUGCCAGCCCAUGGGCACGGCCCGGAGCAGGGUGGGGGUGGCCGUGCUCAACGGGCUGCUCUACGCCAUCGGCGGCUACGACGGGCAGCUCAGGCUCAGCACUGUGGAGGUCUACAACCCUGAGCUGGACUCCUGGUCCAAAGUGGAAAGCAUGAACAGCAAGAGAAGUGCCAUGGGGACGGUGGUGCUGGAUGGGCAGAUCUACGUCUGCGGGGGCUACGAUGGCAACUCCUCCCUCAACUCUGUGGAGUCCUACUCUCCAGAAACCAACAAGUGGACAGUGGUGACCCCCAUGAGCUCCAACCGCAGCGCCGCCGGAGUCGCCGUCUUCGAGGGCCGGAUCUACGUGUCGGGGGGACACGAUGGGCUGCAGAUCUUCAGCAGU